AUGCUGAGCCGGACGAUAAAGCAGGUCAGUGACGGCAGUGUCGGUGCUGCGCAGCGACUCACCGACACACGAAGUCUUCAUCAGACAGACGACGAAUCAUCUUCAUCAGACAGCGCGCAUGCGGGCAGUACUGAUGGUGCUUUCGGCGCCGUAAAGAACCCCUGGGGUUACGCCGCGCCCUACAGAGAGCGGACGAAGGCAGACCCGGACUCGGACUGGGUCGUCACCGGAGGCAGUUCAGGUGGAAGCGCCGCAGCUGUGGCCUCGCUCACCAGCUACCUAGCUUUGGGGUCAGACACGGGCGGAUCCACGCGAAACCCCGGGUCGUUGUGUGGCGUCGUGGCCCUGAAGCCCACGUAUGGUCUGCUGUCCAGACACGGUCUCAUCCCCCUCGUUAACUCCAUGGACGUCCCGGGCAUAAUGACGCGCAGCGUGAACGACGCGGCCGUCGUCUUAGGUAUCCUCCAAGGCCUCGACGUCAGAGAUUCAACAACAGUUCCCGCCCCGUCAUCACUAACAGAGCUUCCUGAAGACUUUGAUGUUAGGAACAUCUGUGUGGGCAUCCCUAAGGAGUAUCACGCCCCGGGCCUCUCCGAGGAGACUCUGGCCCAGUGGAGCAGCGUGGCCGACUUGUUUGAGGAAGCCGGAGCGCGGGUGGAGCGAGUGUCGCUCCCCCAUACGCAGUACUCCAUCGUGUGCUACCACGUCCUGUGCCACGCCGAGGUGGCGUCCAACAUGGCCCGGUUUGACGGCCUGGAAUACGGCCACCGCAGCCAGACGGACGGCUCGACAGAGGUCAUGUACGCCUCGAGCAGACACGAGGGCUUCAACGACGUCGUCAGAGGGAGGAUUCUGUCCGGGAACUACUUCCUGCUAAAACGGAACUACCAGCACUACUUUGUGAAGGCUCAGAAAGUUCGCCGGCUCAUCGCGAAUGACUUCCAGCACGUGUUCAGCUCUGGUGUCGACGUGCUGCUGACGCCCACCACGCUGACGGAUGCGGCUCGUUACCGCGACUUCACUCAGGAAGAUAACCGAACGCGCAGCGCACAGGAAGACGUCUUCACGCAGCCCGCCAACAUGGCAGGUUUCCGCUUCCUCUGCAAAGAUGUUCUGAAACAUAACGGCCCCAAACUCCUGCUGUUCACCUGA